GAGCACAAGCACUAUGACAGCAUUCAACAGUAAGUUUCCGCUGCAGGUCAGAUGCGCGCUCGAUCUGGACGGACUGAUGAAAACGGAAGCUGUACGAGUUUAACUGGAGGAUAUACUCAAUAUAAUAACAUUUCUCGGGCUUCAAGAACAGAAGCGGACAGAAUAAAGAAUGACAGAUAUAAUGAACAACCCAGAACACAGUCUAGAAGACCAAGGCGUUUCCUUUCAGAUUUUCCCAGAUACACAGGAACGCCACCCCAAGGUGUUCAAGCGAGUGCCCUCCAUCGUAGUGGAGCCCACAGAGGGAGAGGUGGAGAGCGGAGAGUUACGUUGGCCCCCAGAUGACCUGAGAAGCACAGACCCUUCCAGCCAAACCCAGAUAUCACACAGCCAGAGUACAGAUGAAGUCAAGUGCAGCAGCCUGGAAACAUCAGGGGCAGCUGAGCGUGACUGAAAUUCAACAAAUACGUUGUCACAAGUCUGCCAUUAUCACAAGUCUUGGUUCUCACAAAAUUUUCACACUUAGAAAGACACAAAUACUGACGAGCAACACAAUGCGAUAUCUGAACACCCUUUAUAACACAUUCAUGGCUUUAAAAAGACUUUUGAAAGUCUUCUGUACUUUUUAAGAUCAGACUCAUGACACAUUUUAUCUUUGGAAAGGGGCUUUAGCAAUCUUACAUUGCCUUCAGACUUGAAGGCCUAGUUUUUCUUUCAUGAUGCAGAAAGUAUCCUCUAUGUCUGAGAAUAUACUGAAAAUGAGUAGAAUUUCAAUGGCACAACAAAAAUGGAUCCUAUGAGCGCAAUUCAUCUGAGAAUAUGAAUGUACAGAAUAUAAUUCAAUAUAAAUGUAUUAAAAAAAACACACAGUUCCUGGAUCUCAAGUAAGUAAGGUACAGUCAGCUAACCAGUAUUGCUCUAAUAUUUAGCUUUAUUGACAGCUGAUUAGGUUACUUCACUUAAUACUCAGAUACUUAUCAAAUAAAUGGAUGUAAAAUAUAAAAUUAAUGUAAUGUGUGAGAUGUAAAUAUCACAAAGUGAUACAGAUUUAAACAAGCACAGCAAUGUGGGAAACUGAUUGCCAGGUCCACAUAAAUAUUUGAGCUCAGAAAGUUAAAUCGCAGCUUUCUGUGUCAAAUAUUUAUGUAUAUUUACUGUUUAUGUUUAUUGGCCGUGUAAUGAGAACCGUGUAAUGAGCACAACAUACUCAGUGGUUUUGGAUGCUUUGAUGAUCCAUUUCAAAUCUAGAGAGAGUUGUAUUGAUUUGUUAUCAUGCCCUCCACUUUGAUAUAGCCCAGAAGCCUGUGAAUGCAUAUUCUAAAAAGAUUGCAGUGACCACUGUGAAUCUCUCAUUCAUGUGAAAAUUAUUCAUUACACGCUCUGCGGCUGAAAACUCUCUCUUCUCACCAUCUGGCUGAGGCUUGUGAGGAAUGACUGCUACUGAACUUCAAACAUGUCUGCCUGUCAAUCAGCCUGGGGACAAGGACUUCCUAAUAUCUCCAAGCCCUGUCUGACUUUCUGCAGACUUUAAAUUAUUAGAGGCGUUUGUGCACAUACACAAUAUUUUCAAAGCACAACUGCUGGAGCUAGAGUCCCGCACUGGACUACAGAUGGAGACUGCCUAUUAUAAAGUGUAACUUCUGGCUAUAAUUAGUUGUGUCUACUAAAACAAGGAUUGCGUGCUAUUACUAUUUUCUUUCUUAGGGCUAGGAAUUUAAACAGACACUUAUCCUUGAGUAUUAUAGAACUUAUUCUAAACCGUUUGUACAUCAGGCAUGAUUGAUACACCAUAUCAUGCUGGAAAAUACUGGGAAGGCAAACUCUGAUAUUGUGUCUGCGAGUAUUGCACAUAUAGGCAAACGACACUUACCUUUUCAUGUACAUUUUUACAUGAUGAUAUCUACUUUAACAGUAAUAGUUUAGACGUUGUAGUAAUAUUAACGUGAUUCUUGAACCACUUCACAAUAUACAUUACCCUACUGAUAUUUUCACAAUUUCUAAAUUCUUAUAGUGAAAAUGCCUUGGUGUUGUUUAUAGUCUAUAUUUUGAAGUAUCUUAUGAGUUUGCCAUAAAACACUUCCCAACACUAUCAUAUGAGGUGUCUCCAUCAGGAUUUCUGAUCUUUUUGUAUUGGCAUGCAGUGACAGUUGUGACUUUAAGUACUUUUUUAAAGAAUAACUGGAAAUUACAUGAUUAACCAGCAUCUUCUGGAAAACCCCGAUCAGAAUUUUUUAUUUUAUUUUAUUUUAAUUUUAGAUUUCUAUUAAAGAUUUGCACUCAAUUGCCUUCAUUUCAUCGUCAAACUUUAUCAAAAUUAAUUGAUAUUUUAAUAUUACGCUUGCUCUUUAUAUGUACACAUUUUUGUUUGUUCAUUUGUUUGGUUUAAAUAAAGAUUGAUAUUAGAUAA